AACAAAUAAUGAGUCGAUUUUGGACCUUUCUAAUUCACGCCCAUUCCCUUGCAGGGCCUGUGACUAUGCUUCUUUGGCCUUUGUAUGCUUCUGUUAUAGCUAUUGAAUCUCCAUCUAAGGAGGAUGAUGAACAAUGGCUUGCAUAUUGGAUUCUCUAUUCCUUUCUUACUCUUCUUGAGAUGCUCAUUCAACCUCUCUUAGAAUGGAUACCCAUUUGGUAUGACUUGAAGUUGGCACUGGUGGCUUGGCUUGUUUUGCCGCAGUUUAGAGGGGCAGCUUUCCUUUAUGAGAGAUUUGUUAGAGAGAAAAUCAUUAAUAGGUUUGGCUUAGCUGGAAAUCAUCAGAGGAGGAACAAACAGUUGUCUCCUAAUGGAAAGGGAAAGAAUAAGUCGGAUGACUUCAUCGCAUCUAAGAAGGUAUUCUUUUCUUCAUCUCUUGUAAUCCAAAACUUUAGAGCAUGUUUAAUGUGGGUUAUAAUCCAAAACUAUAGAGUAUCCUUGAUGUGGGUAAUUUGAAAACUAAAUCUUUUUUGACCUAAAAGAAAAAAAAAAGAGAGGGAGUUAAUUGGGUUAUUGGGUAUGAUCAAAAUGUUUUAUUUUUAAUAUUUUAGCAUGUUAUAAGGAUCAAGAAAAGAGUAAUUUUGAUGUUAUUUUGAUUAAAUUGAGUAAUCCCAAAUCAAACUAUCUUCUCUAAAUGAGAUGGUGAACAUGUAAUAACAAAUUUAAGAUAUUUGGAUGCAGGGGGAGCAAGAAACUUACUGAAAGGGAAGGGAAGGGAAGGGAAGAUGAGAAUGAAUAUUUAAGAUAGAAAAACUGUUUCUUUUGAUGAGUCUAGAAUCUAAGAGUACUUUGACCUAAUCUCUUGUUUGGUUUGUGCUUCUCUCAACAACUACACUUCUUCCAGUGUAUUGUAGUGAACUUUUGCUUGUAAAUUAAAGCUCUAUGUAGUUACCUCCUUCCUUUUGAA